CACGAUUAGUAAAUUUGUCGUAGUACAGUAUCGCAAUUUAAUUUUUUAUGAACAAUGCAAUUUCAUGACUAUUAGUCUACUAGGUUAAUUUUAUAUCAAUAUUUGCCAGAUAAAUGACGCUCUAUUUUGAUUAUCGAGUAAAGAUAGAAGAUAUAAGCUCUACUACAACUGCAGUGGAAUGGCAUCCACAACACCCUUUCUUAGCCAUUGCAUCCUACAGUAUUGAGCAGGGUGGCUGUGUCAAUAUAUGCAAUGAUCAAGGAGAGAUAGUGCCAGAUGUGCAGCCAGUGUGCGUACCGUCGUGCCAGGCACUGGGACUUGCGUGGCACCCAGUACGCAAGACUCUGGUGGCUGGAUGGGAAGACGGAAGUCUCCGUGUGUGGAAUGGAGAGAGAGACUUUGCGGCGAUGUCGUCGCCUCACACCACACCCGUCCUGGUGCUCAAAUGGAGCAAGAUGGGCGGACGGCUGGUCUCUGUGGAUGCGAGUGGACUCAUGGUGGGUUGGAGACUAGAUUCACGUUGUCAGCUGCAGUCAGUCUAUCAGUUGGCGUUACCUAGCAUUCCUUGUGAUGCUGUUUUCCGAGUUUCUCGUCCUGGACCAGACCUGUCGGGAUUGGCACGGAGAGCUGUUGCUGGAGAUCAGAUGGCAUUGGACAUGUUCAGUGCUUGGAGGCCACGCACAGCUGGCAGACAUGUGUCUGUACAUCAGGACAACUUGGCGCUCUACGUGGCUACUGCCCAAGGAAUUGUCUUGUACGUCAAUGAAACGGGCAAAGGCCAGGAAGUGUUACAGUUGCCAGGGAGAAUUGAGAAAUUGCUGUACCACGACUCCGAGGACGGCCUGAUAGUUGUGGGCCUGGGACUCAACCUCAGUUACUACUCGGCUGAAUCCAACGGAACCUUGAGUGAAGUCACAACGGUCAAGUUGAGUGGUAGUGGCAAUGUUGUAGUGUGGGCUGGGAACAACACAGUGGCUUGUACUGUCAGUGACACAACAGUAAGAUGCUGGGAGCCUCAUACAGGGGAGACUUAUGUUCUCAGUGCUCAACUACCAGACGUCACAGUACAGACAAUCACCAGUCUGGCAUACAGUCCCAGUAAAGGGGAGACUUAUGUUCUCAGUGCUCAACUACCAGACGUCACAGUGCAGACAAUCACCAGUCUGGCAUACAGUCCCAGUAAAGUGCUCAACUACCAGAUGUCACAGUGCAGACAAUCACCAGUCUGGCAUACAGUCCCAGUAAAGGUGAGUGACAUUGGCAAUGUUGUAGUGUGGGCUGGGAACAACACAGUGGCUUGCACUGUCAGUGACACAACAGUAAGAUGCUGGGAGCCUCAUACAGGGGAGACUUAUGUUCUCAGUGCUCAACUACCAGACGUCACAGUGCAGACAAUCACCAGUCUGGCAUACAGUCCCAGUAAAGUGCUCAACUACCAGACGUCACAGUGCAGACAAUCACCAGUCUGGCAUACAGUGCCAGUAAAGGUAAGUGGUAGUGGCAAUGUUGUAGUGUGGGCUGGGAACAACACAGUGGCUUGCACUGUCAGUGACACAACAGUAAGAUGCUGGGAGCCUCAUACAGGGGAGACUUAUGUUCUCAGUGCUCAACUACCAGAUGUCACAGUGCAGACAAUCACCAGUCUGGCAUACAGUCCCAGUAAAGUGUGGGCUGGGAACAACACAGUGGCUUGCACUGUCAGUGACACAACAGUAAGAUGCUGGGAACCUCAUACAGGGGAGACUUAUGUUCUCAGUGCUCAACUACCAGACGUCACAGUACAGACAAUCACCAGUCUGGCAUACAGUCCCAGUAAAGUGCUCAACUACCAGAUGUCACAGUGCAGACAAUCACCAGUCUGGCAUACAGUCCCAGUAAAGGUAAGUGGUAGUGGCAAUGUUGUAGUGUGGGCUGGGAACAACACAGUGGCUUGUACUGUCAGUGACACAACAGUAAGAUGCUGGGAACCUCAUACAGGGGAGACUUAUGUUCUCAGUGCUCAACUACCAGAUGUCACAGUGCAGACAAUCACCAGUCUGGCAUACAGUCCCAGUAAAGGGGAGACUUAUGUUCUCAGUGCUCAACUACCAGAUGUCACAGUGCAGACAAUCACCAGUCUGGCAUACAGUCCCAGUAAAGUGCUCAACUACCAGACGUCACAGUACAGACAAUCACCAGUCUGGCAUACAGUCCCAGUAAAGGUGAGUGACAUUGGCAAUGUUGUAGUGUGGGCUGGGAACAACACAGUGGCUUGUACUGUCAGUGACACAACAGUAAGAUGCUGGGAGCCUCAUACAGGGGAGACUUAUGUUCUCAGUGCUCAACUACCAGACGUCACAGUGCAGACAAUCACCAGUCUGGCAUACAGUCCCAGUAAAGGUGUUCUCUGUGGUUGCACUACGGCUGGUAACAUAGUGUUCUGGCGCUACUCAGCCGGGGGAUGGGACCCACUGAGUCCUGCCAAGGUGGCCGGAGUUGCCAAGCUGUGUGCGUGGGGUGGGGGUGGAACCUUGCUGGCCGUCAAUACUUCUGCAAACACCUACGUCAUGAAGGAACACAACCUGUGCGCAGCAUACCAUCGAGGGUUAUCAGUGGUACAAGUGUCAGCGUCACAGCUGACUGUCCAGUCUGGUCCAGACACAGCUGAUCUCAACACAGACCUGCAGGUGUUUGGUGUCUGUUUGUCUAGAGACAAUGCAGCUGUUUGGAGCAGCAAAACUGUGGCUGUUUAUGUUAUCAAUCCUGUCUCUGCCAUCAAUGCUAUGGGGUCAUUCAACUGUGAGGUAGAGUCAGCAGUUAUGUACGAGCAGAGCCUGGUGACCUUGAGUGAUGCCAAGCUACAAGUCCGCACACUUCAGGGAACUGUCAAACAGACACUAGACACCGAGGGACAACCUAUCACCGUCAGCUUGACCAAUCACUACCUGGCUGUGGCCACCAUCAGUGGCUAUAUUCAUCUGUGGGACGUCUCACGCAGAGAGGCAAAGCUACAUGGAAGAGCCAAAGACUUAGCUGACAGCAUAUCAGACUUUGCCGAAGUCAUUUGUGCAAGAGCAAAUGCUAAUGGAACAAGAGUUGCUCUAAGUGUGGCGGGCUCCAAUCUGCUUCCUCUCCCUCAAGUCUAUGUUUGGGAUAUGGAGUCUGACACAAUACUCACUCAUAGUUUUGGUCCUCAAGAUAUGGAAGUGUCGAGGUUUGUUGUCAACUUAUUCUGGGAUUGGGAGGAACCUCGACUUUUGGUGUGUGAGACCAGACGACCCCCGGGACAGACUCAGGUCAACAAUGUGCUGAGAAAAGUAGCCAAUCCUCUGGUCAGCAACAAUGUGUUGGUGAGCCUGAUAGCGUCCAGUGAGCAUGGUUUGUUGUUACAAGACUCUCGAACAACGGACCAAGAGUUUGUCUCUCUUUUGGCUGUGGACACUCCCAACUACAUCGUCUUGAGCAAACCGACCAAUCAACAGAAUAUAUCAGUUGAGAAGAUUCUAAUGCGAGACUUUGAAGGACUGGAGAACUGUGAUGCGGCCACUAGGAGCGCUGUCAUCAAGUUUAGCUUCAGUCUCAUCAUUGGCGACAUUGAUCAUGCGUUCAAAGCCAUCCACAACAUACACAGUGUGCCUGUGUGGACUAACUUGGCGCGCAUGUGUGUGAAGGCCCGUCGUCUGGACGUGGCGCGAGUGUGUCUGGGCAACAUGAAGGAUGCUAGAGGAGUGGCUGCACUGCGCCAAGCUGAAAUACAUCCUGAGAUACAAGCUCGGGUAGCGAUGUUGGCUGUACAUCUGGGAAUGUUGGAGGAGGCGGAGAGGCUGUAUGCAGAGUGUGGCAGAUGGGAUUUGCUAAACAAACUACUACAGACUUGUGGCAAGUGGCCUGACAGUGUCCGAUUGGCAGAGGACAAGGACAGAAUACAUCUACGACACACGUGUCACUGGUACGGGAAACAUUUAGAGACGGAGGGAGAUGUGGAGGCUGCUGCAGAGAUGUACAAGAGAGCCGACACUCACAGACAACAAGUACCUCGGAUGUUGCUGCAUGACUAUACAACUCUGGAGAAAUACAUCACCAAGUCUAGUGACCCAGCACUGAUCAAGUGGUGGGCACAAUACAUGGAGAGCACAGGAGAUAUGGAGUCUGCCAUGAAGCAUUAUACGGAGGCCGGUGAUCAUCUGUCUAUGGUACGAGUCAUGUGUUUCCUGGAGGACUUUGACAGAGCUGCGGAAAUCGCCAACAGUUCUGGAGAUCGAGCAGCCUGUUAUCACCUGGCCAGGCAGUAUGAGAACAUGGGUCGGAUACCUGAGGCUAUCCACUUCUUCACCAGAGCCACAGCCUUCGCCAAUGCCAUCAGGAUCUGUAAGGAGCAAGGUCUGGACCAGCAGCUGUGGACAUUAGCGCAGGGUGCAGGUCGUCGAGAGCAGCUGGAAGUUGCUGGCUACCUCGCUCCCUCCGCCCCAGACAAAGCUGUACAGUUAUACCACCGCGCAGGCAUGUUGCAUCGUGCUCUAGACCUUGCCUUCAGGUAUGAGCAAGUUGAAGCAGUCCAGAUGAUCGCCUCAGAACUCAACUCUGACUCGGACAGUGAACUGUUGGUGAUGUGUGCCCAGUUUUUCAUUGACAAGCAACACUUUGAGAAAGCUGUCAGGCUUCUAGCCAUUGCCAAAAAGUAUGACGAGGCUAUAGCGUUGUGUUCAGAGCACGCUGUGAUCCUGACGGAGGAGUUGGCUGAUGUGCUCACACCUCCCACUAGCACACCUGGCCGUGCUGAACUGCUAGACCUUCUAGCACAAUGUGCAGCUGCUCAAGCCAACUACCAUCUGGCUACCAAGAAAUACACCCAGGCAGGCAAGAAGGUAAAGGCAAUGAAGGCUUUGCUCAAGUCUGGUGACACAGACAAGAUAGUGUUCUUCGCUACAGUGUCCAGACAACAAGAGAUCUACGUGAUGGCUGCUAACUAUCUACAGUCCCUUGACUGGCAAGCUAAACCUGAUCUGCUGAAGAAUAUCAUCACCUUCUACACCAAGGGCAAGGCUCCUCACCUGCUGGCUAACUUCUACAUGGCCUGCGCUCAGGUAGAGGUGGACGAGUAUGGUAACUAUGAGAAGGCGCUGGGAGCUCUGAAUGAAGCCUCCCGCUGUAUCGCCAAAGACGCAGAUCAGUACAGUCAGGUAGCAGAGGCUGUCAGCAACAAGAUAGCACUGGUGAAGAAGUUUCUGGACGUUCGAAGGAUGUUUGAGAGAGGUGAAGGACAAGCAGGACUGGUACAGUGUCAACUGCUACUCAACACUACAUCAGACCUGGUCAGGACAGGGGAUGUGUACAGUCUGAUGAUACAACAUGCCACUAAAGCUGGAGACUGGAAGUCUGCUGCACAAUGGGCUCAUCAGCUACGCAGCGCUCAGCCUCAUCACAAUCUGGCACUGUAUGUGCCUAGAGAUAUUCUUGAAAGACUUGGUCUAGCUACCCAGACUCAAGGCAAAGAAAAAGAAGAAGAAGAUGGGCAGGAAGUGGAAGAAGAAGUAAUUGUCGAUAUGACAUAACCUCCAAAACUUGCACAAAAAUAUCUUUAAGUAUUUUUUUAAAUGAUUCAGGAUUAAUUUUAGGUUAGUAACGCCACACCUUAGUAUCUUGUUAUUUAAAAAGAUCUCAUAAUUUUUCUACUGACUUUUUAGACAAUUUUUCAUUUGAGAACAUAUAAAUAUUGUUUUACUUUUGUUAUGUAUUUCACAUAAGGUACCCUCGGUGAAGUGUCUUUAAGGGAAAUUAAUGGUAUUAUAGUUUCUGUGAUAUGACUAAUUAUGUUUAGGCAGAAGUGUAACACAGCAAGUUUUUGUCAAUUAACUUGUUGCUAUUUAUUAAUUUAUUAUUUAAGAUUAUUAUAUCGUUUAGUUUUAGGAUUAGCACUCAAGGCUUUAAUGUAAACAUCAUUCCGUCCAUAAA